GAUCUAUUUAGGCAAGGAGAUCAAAUAGAGGUUCUGGCUAAAGAAGCCGAAGAGUUGCGAAAGAAACUCGAUCAAGAACGUCAGAAACUCAAUGAUAUUCCGAUCCAACAGGCGGCAGAACGUCUGGAUCCACUGCCAAAUCUAGGUAUCAAGCAAAGACGAAUUUUGAAAGGUCAUGCCGGUAAAGUGCUAUGUAUGGAUUGGUCCCUCGAUAAGAGACAUAUAGUUAGCUCGUCACAGGACGGCAAAGUUAUUGUAUGGGAUGGCUUCACAACGAAUAAGGAACAUGCGUUGACGAUGCCAACGACGUGGGUGAUGGCGUGCGCCUAUUCUCCGAGCAGCCAGUUGAUAGCCUGCGGAGGAUUAGAUAACAAAUGCAGUGUUUUUCCGUUGUCUUUCGAAGACGAUAUCCUGCAAAAGAAACGUAGUGUAGCAACUCAUACGAGCUAUAUGAGCUGUUGCAUGUUUCUUCGCUCAGAUAACUUACUACUAACUGGCAGCGGCGAUUCAACGUGUGCCAUUUGGGAUGUCGAAAGUGGACAGUGUCGCCUGUUCGAUCUACGAGCCGAUCGUCAAGUAUGCGUUUAUGAGAAGGAAUCCAUACUCUUCCCUGUGAAUGGUGUGGAUUUUAGCGUUAGCGGUCGUCUUCUUUUCGCCGGUUACGGUGACUAUCGCGUCGGUGUGUGGGAUUCACUUAAGUGUGUUCGUCAUUCGGUCCUUUAUGGCCAUGAGAAUCGCAUCAGCUGUCUACGCACAAGUCCCGAUGGGACUGCAAUAUGUUCUGCCAGUUGGGAUUGCACUAUCAGGAUCUGGGCAUAA